UGAACUGCCAUCAUGUGAAAUGCUGUAUCAGUUUUACUUAUUUUUCCCAAGGAGACACAUGAGAUGACAAAGACAGCAAGUCUCCAGAAUUGGAGCACUUUCCCUUGUAGACGUACACCAGAUUCAUCAUGAUUGAAGACAAUAAGGAAAACAAAGAUCAUUCCUUAGAAAAGGGAAGAGCAACUCUCAUUUUUUCCUUAAAGAAUGAAGUUGGAGGACUUAUAAAAGCACUGAAAAUCUUCCAGGAGAAGCAUGUGAACCUAUUACACAUUGAGUCCCGAAAAUCAAAGAGAAGAAACUCAGAGUUUGAGAUUUUUGUUGAUUGUGAUAUCAAUAGAGAACAAUUGAAUGAUAUUUUUCAUCUGUUGAAGUCUCAUACUAAUGUUCUCUCUGUGAAUCUACCAGAUAAUUUUACUGUGAAGGAAGAUGGUAUGGAAACUGUUCCUUGGUUUCCAAAGAAGAUUUCUGACCUGGACCAUUGUGCUAACAGAGUUCUGAUGUAUGGAUCUGAACUGGAUGCUGACCAUCCUGGCUUCAAAGACAAUGUCUAUCGUAAAAGACGAAAGUAUUUUGCAGACUUGGCUAUGAACUAUAAACAUGGAGACCCCAUUCCUAACGUUGAAUUCACUGAGGAGGAGAUUAAGACCUGGGGAACUGUGUUCCGAGAGCUCAACAAACUUUACCCAACCCAUGCCUGCAGAGAGUAUCUCAAAAACUUACCUUUGCUUUCUAAAUACUGUGGAUACCGGGAAGAUAAUAUCCCACAAUUGGAAGAUGUCUCAAACUUUUUAAAAGAGCGCACAGGUUUUUCCAUCCGUCCUGUGGCUGGUUACUUAUCACCAAGAGAUUUCUUAUCAGGUUUAGCCUUUCGAGUUUUUCACUGCACACAGUAUGUGAGACACAGUUCAGAUCCCCUCUAUACCCCAGAGCCAGAUACCUGCCAUGAACUCUUGGGUCAUGUCCCCCUUUUGGCUGAACCUAGUUUUGCUCAGUUCUCCCAAGAAAUUGGCCUGGCUUCUCUUGGAGCUUCAGAAGAGGCUGUUCAAAAACUAGCAACGUGCUACUUCUUCACUGUGGAGUUUGGUCUAUGUAAACAAGAGGGGCAGCUAAGAGUCUUCGGUGCUGGCUUACUUUCUUCCAUCAGUGAACUCAAACACGCACUUUCUGGACAUGCCAAAGUAAAGCCCUUUGAUCCUAAGAUUACCUGCAAACAGGAGUGUCUCAUCACAACUUUUCAGGAUGUCUACUUUGUAUCUGAAAGCUUUGAAGAUGCAAAGGAGAAGAUGAGAGAAUUUACCAAAACAAUCAGGCGUCCAUUUGGAGUGAAGUAUAAUCCGUAUACACGGAGUAUUCAGAUCUUGAAGGACACCAAGAGCAUAACCAGUGCCAUGAACGAGCUGCAGCAUGAGCUUGAUGUUGUCAGUGAUGCCCUUGCUAAAGUCAGCAGGCAGCUGAGCAUCUGACAGUUGCCAGUCCUAAUCCCGAAAGCAUCUGAGCAUUCAGAGGCCUGUGGGCCAACUGUGGCUUUGCUUGAUGACCUGGUUGUGGAGGAACAGCAGCCAAACAAUCUUCUCUAUUCCCAUUCCUUAAUGGACCAUUAGUCUUUGAAAAUGUGUACCUGGAUACUCUAGCCACUACGUUUUUUUUUUCUUUUGGUAACAGCUUUAGUGAAG